AAAAAACAAAAAGAACAAAACAAAAUUGAAAAAUAAAAAAAAAUCGAUCUUUUCACAGUGAUUUGGUCACGCCAAAAAAAAGUGAUUUUGUCAUCCAUCCGUGGACCUCGUCCAUGUGAAAGUUCUACUUUUAUCAAUCUCGAAUUGGAGAAAAAUUAACAAAGUCUGAAGCUUUUUGAGUAAUGGUAGGUAGAUAGAUUCGAAUCCAGGUACGAGGAGGAAAGCAUCGUUGUUAAGAUGCCGGCGACCGGAGAUGUAGACCGUCAGAUCGAUCAGUUAAUGGGAUGUAAGCAGCUGACGGAGGCGGAGGUGAAGACUUUGUGCGACCAAGCGAGAGCGAUUCUUGUGGAGGAAUAUAAUGUUCAACCGGUGAAAUGUCCGGUCACUAUCUGUGGUGAUAUUCAUGGUCAAUUUUACGAUCUUAUUGAGCUUUUUCGAAUCGGUGGCUCUGCGCCUGAUACUAAUUAUCUCUUCAUGGGCGAUUAUGUAGAUCGUGGUUACUAUUCUGUGGAGACAGUAACGCUUUUGGUAGCUUUGAAAGUUCGGUAUAGAGAUAGAAUUACAAUCUUGAGAGGGAAUCAUGAAAGUCGCCAAAUUACUCAAGUGUAUGGGUUUUAUGAUGAAUGCUUGAGAAAGUAUGGUAAUGCAAAUGUCUGGAAGUCAUUUACAGACCUUUUUGAUUACCUUCCUCUUACUGCUCUCGUCGAGAGUCAGAUAUUCUGUUUACAUGGCGGGCUUUCGCCUUCUUUAGACACGCUUGACAACAUCCGAGCAUUAGAUCGCAUUCAGGAGGUCCCACACGAAGGUCCAAUGUGUGACCUCUUAUGGUCUGAUCCAGAUGAUCGUUGCGGUUGGGGUAUAUCUCCUCGUGGAGCUGGAUAUACUUUUGGACAAGAUAUCGCCACUCAGUUUAACCACACCAACGGGCUAACUCUUAUAUCCCGCGCUCAUCAGCUUGUCAUGGAAGGAUACAAUUGGUGUCAGGAAAAGAACGUUGUGACUGUGUUUAGUGCUCCUAACUAUUGUUACCGAUGUGGGAACAUGGCUGCGAUUCUAGAGAUUGGAGAGAACAUGGAGCAGAAUUUCCUUCAGUUUGAUCCUGCACCACGUCAAGUCGAACCAGAAACGACUCGUAAGACCCCAGAUUAUUUUUUGUAAAUUUUUGUGAAUACAAUUCCACACAAGUUGUUUCUAUCCCUGGUUCAGUAUACUUCAAUUCAUCUGGUGGGUUCCAUUUUUUCUUUACUUUUAAGUGUUUGUCGGUUUUAGUUACAAUUCAAAAGAUCAUGACCAUGUCUCAAAUCAUAUUUGGGUUCA